AUGGCCACCCCGCCCGCAGAGCCCUCUGCUCCGCAGCCCACGGCCCUCAAGCCCAUCCACAGCCUGGUCCUUGAUACAGGCCCGUUGAUCAAAAACGACCCCUCGGUCAGCGCACUCCUCUCGCAGGCCGAAAAACUAUACACGAUUCCGUCCGUCAUCCCCGAAAUCAGGGACCCCGCCACCCGCGCGCGAGUCGAGACGACACUCCUGCCGUUUGUUACUGUUCGAGCACCCGGCCCCGCGAGCAUAAAGUUUGUGACAGACUUUGCGAGGCGGACGGGCGAUUUGGCGGUGCUGAGCAGGCCUGAUAUCGAGGUCAUCGCACUCGGGUAUGAGCUUGAGUGUGAGAGAAAUGGCGGCGACUGGAGGCUGAGGAACACGCCCGUCCAGAAGCGGUUGAAUGGGCGGCCAAAAGAGGCGGAGACCCAGGCUGAUGCUGAAGAUUCGCCAAAGGAUGACCUUGGAAAUCUGGCAGCCCCUCCAGCGGCAGAAGGUGACGAGACAGAGUCGCCGGCGCUGGAGGACAAGCUAGACGGUCUAAGUUUGCAGUCAACAGAAAAUGCCACCCCAGCCGAGGAGGAAGCCGCAGCAGGAGAACCAUCAUCUACUACCGACGCGCCAGCCGCCAAUCCAGACAUCCCAGAAACGCAAGAAGACUCCGACGACGAAGGCUGGAUCACGCCGUCCAACCUGAAAAGACACCAAGCUGCCGAAUCGGCCGGCAGCACGCCGUCCCAGCCGGCGCAAAAGACGCUGCAGGCGGCCAUCCUCACGUCCGAUUACGCCAUGCAAAACGUCGCCCUCCGCAUCAACAUCAACCUCGUCACGCCGUCCUUCUCGCGCAUCACCCACCUCAAGAACUGGGUGCUCCGCUGCCACGGCUGCUUCGCCAUCACCAAAGACAUGGAGAAGCAGUUCUGCCCCAAGUGCGGCCAGCCCACGCUCACGCGCGCCAGCUGCUCGACCGACCAGCACGGCAACUUCCAGGUCCACCUCAAGAAGAACUUCCAGUGGAACAAGCGCGGCAACGUCUACAGCGUCCCCAAGGCGGUCCACGGCUCCGCCAACGGGCGGCUGCCCAAGGGUGCCGGCGGCAAGAACGGCUGGGGCCGGGACCUGGUUCUCGCCGAGGACCAAAAGGAGUACGUCAGGGCCAGCGAGGAGCACAAGAGGCAGCGCAACAAGGACGUCAUGGACGAGGAUUACCUGCCGGGCAUUCUGAGCGGGAAAAGGUCAGGCGGGGCGGCAAAAGUACGCGUCGGGGCGGGCAGAAAUGUGAAUUCAAAGAGGAAGCAUUAA